GGGCGGAGCUAAGCCGUUCCUCACAUGGGGCCUGUGGUCGUCGCUGGCGCCAGACGGCUGAGAAAAGGGCUAGCGGCAGGGGUCCCAGCCUUGGAACGAGGAUCUACAGUCUUGAGCGGGUACUGCCCUUUCGAAGCUACCGAAGCACGAGCAGAUUCCCUAGCCAGACCCAAUGUAGUAAACACACUUCAGAAACGUGAGGUGCCGGUGGUCACGUGGGGUAUGUGCUAGCCAACCAGAAGCCGGGGGCGGAACCGAGGCCGCUGACGCGGCGUCGUCACCCGGGCAGCCUCGGGAUCGGUCACCGGCCGGCAACAAUCCAGCGUCCUCGACCACCGCCUUCCUCCUCGGUCCUUACUCCUAUCUCCCGGGCCGCGAGGUACCGUCGCUUACAGUGACUGAAUCCUCUCUCAUUUCUUUUGGCGACUUAUCCCCGGCGGGCCAUUUUCUCCUCGGGGGCCGCCUUUGGGGCGAGGUUUCCGUGACGAACCUCCUGGGGCCGCCGGUGUUGGCUCGGGCCGUCGUGGCGGCACGAGCUCCUGGAACUUGCUCAACCGCGGGGGAUCCGAGGCCCUCGAAGUUAUGCGUCUCCCCCAGGCGGUUGCGGCCGGCGCGGGGUCCUAAAGGGCGUCACACCCGGACUGGGCAACCUCCAUUCAUCUUCCAGCAACGCUUCCCGCGCCCUCUUGUUCUCGCGGCCCCUCCGCAUAUUCAUUUUUUCCUGUCCCCCCUCUGCCGCCCUUUCCUCACUCCUUGGGUGCGGCGAUUCUCUUGGAAGCGAAGGUGUCGGUUAUGAGCCGGCCCUUCCUUUCUUGAAUUUCUGGAGGAACUCGGCGCCGACCCCGCGGGCCGCCGGGAUGGGGGUGAAUGCCGUGCACUGGUUCCGAAAGGGGCUCCGCCUGCAUGACAACCCUGCCCUGAAGGAGUGCAUUCAGGGCGCCGACACUAUCCGCUGCGUUUACAUCCUUGACCCCUGGUUCGCCGGCUCGUCUAACGUGGGGAUCAACAGGUGGCGAUUUUUGCUUCAGUGUCUUGAGGAUCUUGAUGCCAAUCUACGAAAAUUAAACUCUCGUCUGUUUGUGAUUCGUGGACAGCCAGCAGAUGUGUUCCCUAGGCUUUUCAAGGAAUGGGACAUUACAAAACUUUCAAUUGAGUAUGAUUCUGAGCCCUUUGGAAAGGAACGAGAUGCAGCAAUUAAGAAACUGGCUACAGAAGCUGGCGUAGAAGUCAUUGUACGAAUUUCACAUACGUUAUAUGACCUAGACAAGAUCAUAGAACUCAAUGGUGGACAGCCACCUCUAACCUAUAAAAGAUUCCAGACUCUAAUCAGCAAAAUGGAACCGCUAGAGAUACCAGUAGAGACAAUUACUUCAGAAGUGACAGAAAAGUGCACAACUCCUCUAUCUGAUGACCAUGAUGAGAAAUAUGGAGUCCCUUCACUGGAAGAACUAGGUUUUGAUACAGAUGGCUUACCCUCUGCAGUGUGGCCAGGUGGAGAAACUGAAGCACUUACACGUUUGGAAAGGCAUUUGGAAAGAAAAGCUUGGGUGGCAAACUUUGAAAGACCUCGAAUGAAUGCAAAUUCCCUGCUUGCAAGCCCUACUGGACUCAGUCCUUACCUCCGAUUUGGUUGUUUGUCAUGUCGACUAUUUUACUUCAAACUAACAGAUCUCUACAAAAAGGUAAAGAAAAACAGUUCCCCUCCCCUUUCUCUUUAUGGGCAGCUAUUAUGGCGUGAAUUUUUCUAUACAGCAGCAACAAAUAAUCCACGCUUUGAUAAAAUGGAAGGAAACCCUAUCUGUGUUCAGAUUCCUUGGGAUAAGAAUCCUGAGGCUUUAGCCAAAUGGGCAGAAGGCCGGACAGGUUUUCCAUGGAUUGAUGCCAUUAUGACACAACUUCGUCAAGAGGGUUGGAUUCACCAUUUAGCCAGACAUGCAGUUGCUUGCUUUCUGACACGAGGUGACCUGUGGAUUAGUUGGGAAGAAGGAAUGAAGGUAUUUGAAGAAUUACUGCUUGAUGCAGAUUGGAGCAUAAAUGCUGGAAGUUGGAUGUGGCUGUCUUGUAGUUCCUUCUUCCAGCAGUUUUUUCACUGCUACUGUCCUGUUGGAUUUGGUAGGAGAACAGAUCCCAAUGGAGACUAUAUCAGGCGUUAUUUGCCUGUCCUGAGAGGCUUCCCUGCAAAGUAUAUCUAUGAUCCCUGGAAUGCCCCAGAAGGUAUCCAGAAGGUAGCCAAAUGUUUGAUAGGAAUCAAUUAUCCUAAACCAAUGGUGAACCAUGCUGAGGCCAGCCGUUUGAAUAUUGAAAGGAUGAAACAGAUCUAUCAGCAACUUUCACGAUACAGAGGGCUUGGUCUUCUUGCAUCAGUGCCUUCUAAUCCUAAUGGGAAUGGAGGUCUCAUGAGCUACUCUCCUGGAGAAAAUGUCCCAGGAUGUAGCAGCAGUGCGAGUUGCUCUCAAGGAAAUGGUAUAUUACAUUAUGCUCAUGGAGAUAGCCAACAAGCUCACCUGUUACAGCAAGGAAGAAGUUCCGUGGGUACUGGGCUCAGCAGUGGGAAACGGCCUAGUCAGGAAGAGGAAACACAGAGCGUUGGUCCUAAAGUCCAGAGACAGAGCACCAAUUAGAAACGUUCAGGAGGAAUGAAAUACUGUUGGCAGCUGACAUUGGCGGGGCGUUCAGUGCUUUUUCAGUUGAAUUAUUUAAAAUGCUCACUGAUAGAAGAAGACAGUUACAUUUCAAACUGCAUCAUUUCUAAUGACAUUUCUGUGGUUUUUAACUUUUUAAUGAAUUUCACUUAGGACAAAUGGUAAUUUGUAUAUAAAGAACUUGGUAAAAGAAUUUGCUUAAUGUAAAUAUAAACAGUCACAAUUAGUAUAGACCGUCUCAUCAAUAUAUUUUUGAUAAUUUUUCAUGUAUGGGAAAAGUUAAAGUAGCAAACUGAUAUUCUCAUAGAAAAUCAAACUUCUAUGAGUCCAUGUGGGAAAAUAGGCAGUUUUUAGACUUUCUUAAAGACUUUGUUAAAAUUUUAGGACAGAAUUUUCUUGGCAUUGUUUGAUCUGACUUUGCAUUCUUUGAUAAUAAUGUUUUAGAAAACACGUAUAAUCAAAAUUGGUAAUUGCAGCUUCUGUUAACAUGUGUUUGAAAGCUUCACGUACGCCUGUUUGGACCCAGACUUGUGAAAGUGAUCAUGUGUUAGGUUCUCCUUGUCUCCCUUUCUUUGUUAUUUACAGCUGCAGUGACCUUGUUAUUAAAGUAUAUACAAAUAUG